AUGAACGCUAAGAAAUCCAAUUUCAGGCAUUCAAAGAAAGUAAAGAAGACAACUUUCUGCUCACAAUAUGGCAAAUAUUUCCUUAUUGGUUUAGGCGUCCUUGUUGUUGGCGCAAUGGUUGGAUUAGCACUCUGGCCAAAUCCAAACAUUCCAAAGCCACAACCAUAUGUCAAACCGGGUAAAAUCCAUGUUACAGAAGAUAAGGGCGUUACAAAGGACAUUAUUACAGCUGGUGCAGGCGAAAUUGGCCAAGAUGGUGAUUUUGCAGUUGUUGACUACAAUAUCUCUCUUCCAAAUGGUACUCUCUUAUAUACCGACAACAAGUUCAAAUUUGAACUUGGCGCUGAAAACGUAUUUAAAGGAUUCAAUAUUGCUGUCAAAUCAAUGAAGGUUAAUGAAACAUCCAAGUUCGUUAUCACUCCAAAGUACGGCAUCAGCAUUAAGAAGGUGCCACCAACUAACAUCGUCCUUCAAGCUAGACUUCACAAUCUUACCAAGAAGGAAAGCGCUCCAGCUAAAUAA